UGUAUUCAAAUAAUAAACUUCUUAAUAAUUAAUCAUUUAGAUUUGAUUUGUAAUAUUACAUUUAAGUAUUUUUUCGAAUUACCAAAGAAAAUAUGGGUUUAAAGUUCGUAAGUAAUUUAUCUUUUAUGUUUCUGGAGAAUCCAAGUUUAAUCGAGAGAUACCAACUUGCUAAAGAAGCUGGUUUCAAGGCUGUCGAAAGUGGUUUUCCAUUGGGUUUCUCUUUGGAAGAAGUUGUUAAUGCGAAAAACAAAGCUAAUAUCGAACAAGUCCUUAUUAAUGUAUUUACAGGUGAUACAUCGAAAGGCGAAUUGGGAUUUGCAGCAAUACCUGGACAAGAAGAGUUAUUUAAAAAAAGUAUUGAAACAACUAUAAAAUAUGCGAAAGCAUUGAAUUGUAAAUUGAUACAUGUUAUGUCUGGAAAAGUAAUUAAUCCAACUGCAGACAACGAUAAAAUUUAUGAAAAAAAUUUGUUGUAUGCUGUAGAAAAAUUUAAAGAAGAAGGAUUGAUAGGUGUUAUCGAACCGAUUAAUAGCAUUACCGUGCCGAAUUAUUAUAUGAAUAAUUUUUUGAAAGGUUUAAAUAUUGUUAAAAAGAUCAAUAGUCCUCAUUUAAAAUUGCAACUCGACAUUUUUCAUAUGCAACAUUGUUGCGGUAAUCUUACGUACAAUAUUGAACAGUUUCUUCCUUUUGUUGGUCAUAUUCAAAUAGCUCAAGUGCCUCACAGACAUGAGCCAGAUACCGAUGGAGAAAUAGAUUACAAAUACAUUCUCUCAUUAUUAGAAAAUAAAGGUUAUCAAGGAUAUAUCGGUUUAGAAUAUUCGCCAAAAGCAAAUACUGUCGAUGGAUUAAGCUGGAUAGCAAAUUUUGGUUACUCUUUGUAAUAUUUACAAUGUAUCUUAUAUUUUUAGUAUAUAAUAAUCUUAAAAAAUAUAUAUAAUAU